AUGAUUUUAUUAUUUUCUGAAGCAUGUCCAGCAGGAACUUACGGGAAGUUUUGUAAGAAUCACUGCCUAAAAGGUCAGUUUGGUAAAAUGUGCAACUCUACAUGCCAUUGCAGUUCAGUUCAGGUAUGCAACAAUAUAUUUGGAUGUGUCUGUCCAGAAGGAUUAACAGGAAACAAAUGUGAUAAAGAUGUUACAUCUGUAGAAAACACUUUCACAAAUAUUGUUGUUACUGGUUAUGCAAGUGAAGCUAUCACUAUCGAGGAGACACCAAUCAAAAGCAGUGAACCAUCGAAUAAAGAAUGGCUAUGGUAUACAAUUUGUAUUACUGGAGCUAUAAUAAUAACUGCGUCAAGUCAUGUAUUGCGUUCUUAUAGAAAGCGAAAAUUAAGACUUACAAAUGAAGAAGCAGUGGUGGAAUCAACAACAACUUCUCAGUAUACUGGUUUCUAUCAUGAAAUUGACGAAAACAUUUUUAAAGAUGUCACACCAAGCCUAUCCCUGGUAUCACACCCAUCUAAAAUGGAAGCUAUGUGCUUUAUUCCACAAGAGAAUUCGUUGAUCACAAGAAGCACUGAACUUGUAAAUACAGAUUAUCUUGAUCCUGUAUUCGCAGCAGAAGACGACGAAGAAUAUUCGCAACAACAAGAAUUGCAUAAAAAAGAUAACAUGUCAACGUGUUUCUCCGUAAUAGUUCCGCUUAGUAUCAAAUCUGUCAAUCCUUCCAAAGUCACAGAAACUCGGCAUGAACAUAUGCAUGGGUAUGAAGUACCUGUGAUGGUUCAUCAGUGCAUCGAAAGUUCAUCCGGGUCUGAUGAAGAUGCAACCGAUCAUAAAUAUUCUCAUGUGUAUCAAUCACUACAAAAAGACAGUCCAACGGAAAAUAACGAAUACAAAAAACUGCGGACGCCUGAAAAUAAGAUAGUAAAUGAUGAAUCACUGCAAGCAACUACUGAAGCUAUAUAA